CCUCAAAAUUUUCAGUAUAUAUAUAUAUGUAAACGUGGAAUGUGUCAAAGUUUAAAUUUGUUUAUAUAGAGAUUGCGAAGAGUCAAUGCUAAUCAAAAUUAAAUAAUAAGAUUAAUAAUAAUGUGGUGCUACAAUAUGAGUUAUUUAAUAUGUUUAUUGUACAUAUUUUUGGGAUUAAACGAAAUUAAAGCGUCUAAUGAAGAAACUUGUUACUCCUACGCAGGUGGAUCAGUUUAUCCUGCGGGUGCAAAACAUGCUGGACAUCAAUUACAAACAACAAAAGCAGUUAUUGGCAAACCAGCACCGUUUUGGGAAGGAACUGCAGUUGUUAAUGGAGAAUUUCAUGAUAUUAAGUUGACUGACUUCCGUGGGAAAUAUCUCGUAUUUUUCUUUUAUCCUUUAGAUUUCACAUUUGUUUGUCCAACGGAAAUAUUGGCAUUUUCGGAUCGAGUGGAGGAAUUUAAAAAAUUGAAUGUCCAAGUUGUCGCAGCAUCGGUCGACUCACAUUUUACACAUUUAGCGUGGAUUAAUACACCGCGUAAGGAAGGUGGUUUGCAAAAUAUUAAAAUCCCGUUGCUCAGCGAUCUUACACAUAAGAUAGCAAAGGAUUAUGGAGUUUAUUUGGACGAUUUGGGACACACACUUCGUGCGUUGUUUAUAAUCGAUGGGAAAGGUGUUCUUCGACAAAUAACAAUGAACGAUCUUCCGGUCGGAAGAUCAGUUGAUGAAACAUUGCGAUUAGUGCAAGCAUUCCAAUAUACAGACGAACAUGGUGAAGUAUGUCCUGCUGGUUGGAAACCCGGUCAGGAUACUAUCAUUCCAAAUCCUAAGGAUAAAAUUAAGUUCUUCGCAAAAAGUGAUCUCUAAAUUGUAUAAUAACAAUUUUUUUAUUUAAAAAACAGACAACCGGUGAAUGUCGUGUGAUUAUAACUUUAUUCAAUGACAAUCAUUUGAAAUAAUUUUUUUUUACUUUCAAAUAUAAUUUUAUAAAUUAUCUUUAUACAUAAGUGUUGAGUGCCAGUUUUUCGUAUUUUGUAAAAAUAUAAAUAAAUAAGGGGAAUGUGGAUAUUUUUAAAAA